GUUGAGCGGACGCCGAAGAAGUGAUUGAGACCCAUGGGCGCAGGUUUUGUAUCAAGCGCUGCAGACGUUCACGUGUUAAGAGGGAGGCGUUCACGUGUUGAGAUGGAGGAUUUCCAGCAGCACAGUGUGCGGAUAAAACUUAGAAACAUCAAUGGAACCUGAAACAUCAAUGGCACGAAGCAGGUUCUGAUGUUAUGUUGCACUGAGUGCAGGCCGCGGGAAGGGCAAAGGACUGUCUAUUCGGUAGCUCCCCGGGUCUCCGUCGCAAAGGGAUGAGUGAGCGAGGGAGUGAGGGAAGGGAUGAAUAUGGAUGGGUGGGUGGAUGGAUCAAGGAGGAAGGAAGGAAGAAAGGAAUCUACGUUAUGGGAUGCAAUGUGUGGAGAAUGAAUCCAAGUGGUGGUACAAGCAUGCAAUGUUGGAAUGAGAAGGGCAGCCGAGGAGCGGAACGGAAAGGAGGAGGAGGAGGAGUAGGAGAGAAGAAGAAUGUCAAAUGGCUCGAGUCGGACGGGUAGCGAGGCGAGGAUAGUGAAGAGUCGGUCGUAAAAGUCUCGAGCGAGCAAGCCAGCCAGCGAGUGGUGGGGCAUGCGGAUACGAGCAGAGCAGAGUUCUCUGUGCAGCAGUGCAACAGAAUGAGGCGCAGAUAAAAUUCACCCGUGAUGCCGAUGUCGUUGGUCUCUCGGCGUGCGAUCGGGAGGGGAGGGGAGGGGAAUGAGGAAAGCCCAAAUCCCUGCUCGGCUGAGCGCAAUGCUCCACCUGGUUUGGAGUAUGUCCGAUCUGGUCGGGCUGGUCAGAGCACCAUCAUCCGCAUGUAGGAGGAAUAACGAUCACGGGCGGCAGCGGUGAAGUGGACCGACCGUGUCAUCGCUCGAAUUCGGAAUUGCGAUUGGACUUGACCCGGAAAUUGAUUCCCUCCUCGAUAGAGGUAGGUACAUCUAUUAGGUACGGGCGCAAGCAUGAUACGGAUAUGGCAUCAUAUCAUAAUGGUAGAAACUCAGGGUGCAGGCCAGCGAUGUUACCGACGUAUGCACGGCCCGAUUAAGGAAGGGGAUAAUGAAAGAGAAAAGGAUAGUUGUUGCUCCAGGGCUUGUUGGCCAAAUUGCAACCAUGCCUUGCCUCACCAUCAGAGCUCUCAACAGCCCCGAAGGACCCCCUAGUACAGUACAUGCCCCCCAUCCCCCUCGAACUCUCUCUCUCUCUCCGUCCCUCACUCACUCACAUGUACUAUUCCUUUCCUGGCCGCCAUGGCAUCGCACCCCUUAACAGUCUCUUCAUCAGCAGCCCUGGCUGCCCCUCACCUCACCGACUACUGUGCUUCUUUCCGCAACGGCUGGCAGGCAGAAGAUCAGAGCCCCGCCCGCCUUCCAUCCUUCCUUCCCUCCAUCCCCUCGCUCUGAGACUCGCUGAGCUGAGGCGCGCUGCGGGGCCAGGGGUCGAGAAUAUAGGACCCUCCCCGUGCUGCGCUGGGCGACAUCAGCAGCCCAGCGGUCUUCUGCUCUGCGCCCAGCCCGGCCUCGCUCGCUCACAUGCGCAGCGGCCUGGGGCCUGCAGGGCCAGGGUGCGAGGCUGGGUGACCGGUGAGAAGGUCCCGGGCGCGACAAGCGGGCCGCGGAAAGACGAGCGGAGAUUACGUGAGUUACCAUCAUUGAAUGGCGAGACAUUUCGGUGCGAGUCCGAGUCUUGUCGACUGCAUGUUCACUGAUGAUCCACGGCCGAAGACUUUCCGUGAAGGUUCGGCACGGGUCCACGAGGAAGUAAAAGAUAUUUGUGAAAUUUGCUGUAACUGUAAGAAAAACGCUGUCGUGUGACACUUUAAUUAAAAACAAUUAUUGCCUCCGG